AUUCUGUGGUUGUGGUAGAAGGGGAAGUUUUGUAAACGGAAACAGCAACAGUGCAAAUGACGGUACACGUGCUCUUGAUUUGAAGUUUUGUUAAUUUAGUAUUUAUUUCUGGUGCUUUGUAAAUUUUAAAUAAGAUGUCAUUUCGCGGUCGUGGUGGAGGUGGAUUCAGAGGGGGUCGCGGUGGAAGAGGUGGCGGAGGGGGUUUUAACCGAUUUCAGGAUCAGGGUCCUCCCGAACAGGUGAUACCGUUCGGCUACUUCACACAUUCCUGUCAAGAUGACCUAGUUUUGAAAUCAGAAGUGAACGAUGUGCCUUUUUUCAAUGCUCCCAUCUACCUGGAAGAUAAGCAGCAGAUCGGAAAAAUCGACGAAAUAUUCGGAACCAUUCGCGAUUACUACGUUUCGGUCAAAUUGGGAGAUGAUGUCAAAGCUAAAUCGUUCAAGGCCAAACAGAAGUUAUUUAUUGACCCCGCCAAACUGUUACCGCUGAGUAGGUUCCUACCACAGCCUGGAGGUGCCAAGAGGGGCGGAGGUGGUAGGGGAGGAGGCCGCGGAGGCGGAGGACGGGGAGGAGGCAGAGGGAGAGGAGGUGGAUUUGGUGGACGCGGUGGCGGAGGAAGAGGAGGAGGUGGAUUCGGAAGAGGAGGCGGCGGAGGCGGUAGGCAUAGUUUCGGCGGUGGUGGAGGAGGCAGAGGCGGAGGUGGGUUUGGUGGGAGAGGGGGCGGAGGAGGAGGUGGAGGAAGACAUAGUUUUGGAGGAGGGGGCGGCGGAAAAAGAUGGUGAAUUCAAAUCUGAAAGUGUGAAAAAGAGUGACAGUUUUUACGAUAUCAUAACUGAACUUAGUUUAUGCACUGUUUUAUUACAUUUUAUAAGUGUCUGUGACUGCUAUUGUGGAAGUUUCUUUUAUUAAUAAAAUAUAUAGUUUUAUGUACAGAAA